UAAUAAAAAUCAAUUCUCUUUACAACUUUCUUGCCCCUAUUUCGCGUUGUUGCAAAGCAUCCUUCACCUCUCUCUCUCUCUCUCUCUCUCUCUCUCUCUCUCUCUCUACGUACCUCAAGCUUUCAUCUCCAAAGGGAGAAUUAACUAAGUGAAGGAGAAAUGGGGCUGACAUUCACGAAGCUGUUCAGUCGGCUUUUUGCGAAGAAGGAAAUGAGAAUUCUGAUGGUUGGUCUCGAUGCUGCUGGUAAGACAACUAUCCUCUAUAAGCUCAAGCUUGGAGAGAUCGUCACCACUAUUCCUACCAUUGGGUUCAAUGUGGAGACCGUGGAGUACAAGAACAUUAGCUUCACUGUUUGGGAUGUCGGGGGUCAAGACAAGAUUCGUCCCUUGUGGAGGCACUACUUCCAGAACACCCAGGGUCUUAUAUUUGUUGUAGACAGCAAUGACAGGGAUCGAGUUGUUGAAGCCAGAGAUGAGUUACAUAGGAUGUUGAAUGAGGAUGAACUUAGAGAUGCAGUAUUGCUUGUGUUUGCCAACAAACAAGAUCUUCCCAAUGCAAUGAAUGCUGCUGAGAUUACUGACAAGCUGGGUCUCCACUCUCUCAGACAGCGCCACUGGUACAUCCAGAGCACCUGUGCAACCUCUGGGGAGGGUCUUUAUGAAGGUUUGGACUGGCUUUCCAACAACAUAGCCAAUAAGGCUUAAUACUUAUUGUGAGUAUUGUGGAUUGGUGAUUCUGGAUGCCGGGGUGAAUAUUAUCUAGCUUUGCUUUUUGACAGUCUUGUGAUCAGGAAUUCUGGAUGCAAGGGCAAAUUUUAUCUGGCUUUUAUUUCUUGGUCAUCUUCCGAAACAACUUGAAUUUAUGUCCAUGUAUUGUGGUUUAGGAUAUAUUGGUGGCUAAAAUUGUAGUAGGAAUUUGUUUUGUGGGCUUUGUAACACUUUUAAGCUUUCUAUUGGGUUUCGAUGCAAUGUCCAUAACUGUAAUGGAGAUUUAAUUAAAUGUGCCCCAUGUUCUGAUUUAUAGUUUUAUUUUGGUUAUGAUAAAUGAUGAGUUUUUUUAUGGAAAA